AAAAGUUUGUAUUCAUUAAGAUGAGAUGUGAAACCAAAUAGACACAGCGUUUCUGAGUCAAAGUCUACGUUUUAAGUAUCAUUUAUGUCUUCAAACAAUUUUCUAAAAGGGAGAGUGUAGUUGUUUGUUGUUAUGUAUCAUGGAGUCUGUGUUGGUUUGGAUAUCAGUAUAACUUGGAUUUGUUUGCAUUUGAAUUGAAUGAGAAACAAUUUGGUGACGAUGCGGAGAGAGAGAGCAUUGUUCCUGCUACUGCUACUUCUACUUCUUCUCCACCAUAUUUGUGCCACCAAGGCCCACAAAAAACACGUUUGUCCCCCUUCUUCGUGUGGCAAAAUCAGCAACAUCACUUAUCCAUUUCGAUUAAAAGGCGACCCAGAGAAGUGUGGUGAGAAAAGUUAUGAGCUUGGUUGUGAAAAUAAUGUUACGGUGUUGUAUAUGAACUCAGAAGAAUUCCAUGUGGAGGCAAUAAAUUACAAGAACUACACAGUGAGAGUGGUUGACCCUGCACUUCAACUCGGUAACUGCUCCUCCCUUCCUCUGAGUUCUCUCUCUCGCUCCAAUUUCUCUGAUACUUACUCUUACAACCGUACGGGUUCAUACCAAGCCAGUCUAGAUCCGGGUAUUGAUGGGGAAUCUCUGAUUUUCGAGCAUAUAGUGUUUCUGAGUUGUAACCAUUCGGUGAGAGAGAAUGGGAAGUAUGUGAAAACAGAAGAGUACGUGAAGUGGGACUCAAAGGGCUAUGCAUAUGCUGUUGUUGGUGACCUGAAAGCAGAGGACAUUGAAGUUGGGUGUGACAUAAAACUUGUUGCUCCAACAUCUUUCACCACUUUCAAUAACCAUUCCUACACUUCCAUGCACAGCAGCUUGGCCUAUGGAUUUCAGAUUUCUUGGGUACAACUCGCCUGUGAUAAUUAUUGUCCACAUGGAUUCUGCUAUUUCGACUCUUCUAAACAGAAGAUCCAUCACUUUUCCUUUACAACCUGGAUGACCUUGUUGAUCAUGAUUUUCAUAUGUAAAUGGAGGAAAAGACAUGCAUCAACAUAUGAAAAUAUUGAAAAUUACUUAGAACAAAAUCACUUGGUGCCUAUCAAAUACUCACACAAGGAAAUUAAGAACAUGACCGAAGAUUACAAAGAGAAGUUAGGUGAAGAAGGAUUUGGCUCCGUGUUUAAGGCAAAGUUGCGGAGCGGACCUUCUGUGGCAAUCAAAAUGUUAGGGAAAUCCAAAGGAAAUGGACAAGAUUUUAUCAAUGAAGUUGCAACCAUUGGAAGAAUACAUCAUCAAAAUGUAGUACAAUUAAUUGGAUUUUGUGUUAGUGGCUCAAAACGCGCUCUUGUAUAUGAAUUCAUGCCCAAUGGAUCUCUUGAUAAACUUAUAUUUUCAAGAGAUGGAAGUAUACAUUUAAGCUAUGAAAAAAUAUAUAAUAUAUCAGUUGGAGUGGCUCGUGGGAUUGCCUAUCUCCAUCAUGGGUGUGAGAUGCAGAUUUUGCAUUUUGAUAUCAAACCCCAUAACAUUUUAUUGGAUGAAAACUUCAUCCCAAAGAUUUCUGACUUUGGACUAGCAAAGUUAUAUCCAAUAAAUAAUAGCAUUGUCACAAUGACAGCAGCAAGAGGAACCAUUGGAUAUAUGGCUCCUGAAUUGUUUUACAAUAAUAUUGGAGGAAUAUCCCACAAAGCUGAUGUAUAUAGCUUCGGAAUGUUGUUGAUGGAGAUGGCAAGUAAGAGGAAGAAUCUAAAUCUCCAUGUAGAACACUCAAGUCAACUUUACUUUCCCCUUUGGAUAUAUAAUCAUAUUGGAGAAGAGAGAGAUAUAGAUAUAAAUGAUUUGACCGAAGAGGAAAAGAUAAUAGUAAAGAAAAUGAUUAUAGUUGCACUUUGGUGUAUACAAUUAAAACCAAACGAUCGUCCCUCAAUAAAUAGAGUAGUGAAAAUGCUUGAAGGAGACAUUGAAGAUUUGGAAAUACCUCCAAAACCUACGUUAUUUCCUGAUGAAAUGGGUCUAGAGGAUCAAACUACCAGUUCUAUCUAAACAAUUUUGAAUGAAUUCAUCUGCUGGUGAUUGAAAUUGAUCAAAGUAAUUGCCGGUUGAGGGAUUGCAAGAAAAAAGAGGUUGAGAAUUCGCAUUACAUUGGUGAAAAAAAAAAAAGAAAAAAGGGAAGCAGGUGAAAUGUUAUAUUUGUAGUUUUGUAAUCGAUAAUAAUUAUGUUUUUAUAUCUAGAAUUCUACUGCCGCACCUUUAUUGUACCUGUUAUUUGAAUA